CCAGUCCCGCCGCGAUGCUGUUCCACAGUCUGUCGGGCCCUGAGGUGCACGGGGUCAUCGACGAGAUGGACCGUAGGGCCAAGAGCGAGGCUCCCGCCAUCAGCUCCGCCAUCGACCGCGGCGACACCGAGACGACCAUGCCAUCCAUCAGCAGUGACCGGGCUGCGCUGUGCGCUGGCUGCGGGGGCAAGAUAUCGGACCGCUACUACCUGCUGGCGGUGGACAAGCAGUGGCACAUGCGCUGCCUCAAGUGCUGCGAGUGCAAGCUCAACCUGGAGUCGGAACUCACCUGUUUCAGCAAGGAUGGAAGCAUCUACUGCAAGGAAGACUACUACAGGAGGUUCUCGGUGCAGCGCUGCGCCCGCUGCCACCUGGGCAUCUCCGCCUCGGAGAUGGUGAUGCGAGCUCGGGACUUGGUUUAUCACCUCAACUGCUUCACGUGCACCACGUGUAACAAGAUGCUGACCACGGGUGACCAUUUCGGCAUGAAGGACAGCCUGGUCUACUGCCGCUUGCACUUCGAGGCGCUGCUGCAGGGCGAGUACCCCGCUCACUUCAACCACGCCGAUGUGGCGGCAGCCGCAGCUGCAGCCGCGGCAGCCAAGAGUGCGGGGCUGGGCGCAGCCGGGGCCAACCCUCUGGGUCUUCCCUACUACAAUGGUGUGGGCACAGUGCAGAAGGGGAGGCCGAGAAAGCGCAAGAGCCCGGGUCCUGGGGCAGAUCUGGCGGCCUACAAUGCUGCGCUGAGCUGCAACGAGAAUGACGCGGAGCACCUGGACCGCGACCAGCCAUACCCCAGCAGCCAGAAGACGAAGCGCAUGCGCACCUCCUUCAAGCACCACCAGCUUCGGACCAUGAAGUCUUACUUUGCCAUUAACCACAACCCUGACGCUAAGGACUUGAAGCAGCUCGCGCAGAAGACGGGCCUCACCAAGCGGGUCCUCCAGGUUUGGUUUCAGAAUGCCCGGGCCAAGUUCAGGCGCAACCUUUUACGGCAGGAAAACACGGGCGUGGACAAGUCCACGGAGGCGGCGCUGCAGACGGGGACGCCAUCGGGGCCAGCCUCGGAGCUCUCCAAUGCCUCGCUCAGCCCCUCCAGCACGCCCACCACCCUCACAGACUUGACUAGUCCCACCCUGCCAACUGUGACAUCCGUCUUAACUUCUGUGCCUGGCAACCUGGAGGGCCACGAGCCUCACAGCCCCUCACAAACGACUCUUACCAACCUUUUCUAAUGACUCGUACCCCCCCUGCCCCACAAUUUCUUUAAAAAAGAAAUUAUCUUUAGUUGAAUUCCAAGUGUAUUUUAAAAUAGAGGCUUUGAGCAACUAACUAACCACAUUUUAGGAUCUCGCCUGGAAACAGAGAAAGAAAAUAAUUGUGUGUCCGGCUAAUGCAGCGGCUGUGGGCUGAGGAAUUACUUGGAAGAUCGAUCUGCAACACAACAUUUGUGUCACUGUACAGUUUUGUGGACUGAGCGAGGAAAAACAACAAAUAAUUUAAGUUGGCUAGAGCUUCUGUAUUUUCAAAGACUGCCACGUGCCUUAGGAAUACUGUUUUAUCUCCAUACUUUGGAUGACUUGUUCAUUUUUUUUCCCACUUUUUCUCUCUGUAUAUUUAUGACCAGAGCAAAAAUGUAAAAAAACAAAAAACAAAAAACAAAAACAACAAAAAAAACCCCAGUUUGUUACUUUGAAUAGUCCCAAAAAGAAAAAAGAAAAAAAAAAAAGGAAAAAAUCAAACCCCCUCCAACGGUCGCUUUGUUGUUUUAGAAUUUUAAGGUGGAAGUCUGUUCAAAUAUCAGAAUUUGUAAAAUCUAACCAGUAAUAAAACCACUUAUUGAAACUAGUUGGUGCUGCUGCUGUUUAGUUGGGUGUGACAUUCACAGGAUUAAGAGCCUUA